UACAUGUUGUUGGAAAGAAAUAAUUUCUUGCUUUUAUUUUAUUUUUUUUUUCGAUUGCAAAAAUUAUAUUUCGAUCAAUCUGCGUGAUCUGGUGAUUUAAGAGUUCCUAGUUCCUUGCUAAAUUAAAGAAUUGCGAGGUGAAUUUCAUGAUACGGUACUACAAUUUGGGACUAUUAAAAAUUUAUGUACUUGUAAUGGUCUAAUAUAUUGAAAGUAUAGUAUUAAUAUUUCCACGAAGAUGGGGAUGUAUUUCAAAUAUUGCAUCAUUAUCAAUUGAACGUAUUGUUCUGGAACUUGUAUUUUUGAAAAUGGAAGACGAACGAUCCGUAACACCGCAGUCAAUCUCCAGUAAUGAUGGUGCUGAGUUACCAGACUGUCAAAUGUCUGAUAAAGUAUCUCCAAGUAGCAGCAACAAUAGUCCUUGUCCAGAGAAACAAGAAAUCAUAUUGAAGGAACCUCCUAGUAAAGCAUCCAAAGGAAAGAAGCGUAAGAAAUCCAUGAAAGACACUAAUGCCCCUAAGGCACCACUGACUGGAUAUGUUCGUUUUUUAAAUGAACAUCGUGAGAAAGUACGUCAGGAAAAACCAGAGUUACCUUUCUAUGAAAUCACAAAAAUUCUAGGAACAAUGUGGAGUCAAAUGCCACAAGAACAGAAACAGUCCUACCUCAAUGAAGCUGAAAAGGAUAAGGAAAGAUACAGUAAAGAAUUAGUAGAAUAUCAACAAUCUGAUGCCUAUAAAUCCUUUGUUGCUAAACAAGAGCAAGCUGAGAGAGAACAUGAAAAUUCCAACAGUCAGAAAAUCUCAGAAGCUCAUAAAACAGAGACAAGUGCUCAAAUUGCAGAGAAAUUAAGGGAGACUGGAAAACAUGGUGUAGGAAACAAUGACUUGAAAAAGGGAAACACAUUCAGUGCUCAUCUUGGUGAAAUUAGUUUUGACAUUCCUAUAUUUUCUGAAGAAUUUCUCAACUACAAUAGAAGUCGAGAAGCUGAACUACGCAAGUUAGGAGAUUUGCGUAGAGCAAACAACGAUUAUGAAGAGCAGAAUGUCAUGUUGAGUAAACAUAUUGACAACAUGAAGUCCGCUAUUGAUAAACUUGAGGAAGAAGUGUCAAAAUCUAGAGAAGAAAAUAAAACACUUCAAUCCAAUCUCACACAUGUACGUCAAAUGUUGGCUCAAAGUCUAGCUGAUGUCCGUCUACCACAGUCUGAUCGCGAGCCCAGUGAAGAUUGCAUAGAAGAAUUUGUAGAAGAGCUUUAUAAAAUGUUUGAUAAUCCAACUAUGUAUGAAGAAAUCCUUGGUAAAGUGAAAGAAAUGCUAAAUGGGAUAUCCCUUCCUGAGUGAAAUUUUUGAAGAAAAGCUGGAACUUUUUCUAAAGCUGGAAGCUGUUCUUGUUCUCCACAAAGAUAAGUCUUCCUCACUCCAUCUCCUACAAUGAAGGAAACAAGACUAUUCGGUAACUUCACAAAAAUAAACAAACUUAAUGUUUUAUAUUCUUCUAAAACCUUUAU